ACAACCGUCAGGAUGCACCGGGCUUUCCUCGCCGCCCUCCUCCUCUGGAGCUGGGCUCGCUGUCGGUCCCUGCCCCUUCCCAGCGAUGGUGACGACGACCUGUCCGAGGAAGACUUCCAGUUGGCAGAGCGCUACCUGAAAUCCUACUACUACCCGAUGAAUCCCGCUGGAAUCCUGAAGAAAGCGGCCACGAGCUCCGUGGCCGACAGGCUCCGAGAAAUGCAAGCCUUUUUUGGCUUAGAGGUCACCGGCAAGCUCGAUGACAACACCUUAGACGUCAUGAAGAAACCGAGAUGUGGGGUCCCCGAUGUGGGCGAGUACAACGUUUUCCCCCGAACGCUCAAGUGGUCCAAGACGAACUUAACCUACAGGAUUGUGAAUUAUACCCCUGAUCUGACUCAUUCUGAAGUCGAAAAGGCAUUCAAAAAAGCCCUCAAAGUUUGGUCUGAUGUGACACCACUGAACUUCACCAGACUCCAUGACGGCACUGCUGACAUCAUGAUCUCUUUUGGAACUAAAGAGCAUGGCGACUUCUACCCAUUUGAUGGACCCUCUGGUCUGCUGGCUCAUGCUUUUCCUCCUGGGCCAAAUUAUGGAGGCGACGCCCAUUUUGAUGAUGACGAAACAUGGACAAGUACUUCCAAAGGUUACAACUUGUUUCUUGUCGCUGCCCACGAGUUUGGCCACUCCUUAGGUCUCGACCACUCCAAGGACCCAGGAGCACUCAUGUUUCCCAUCUACACCUACACUGGCCAAAGCCACUUCAUGCUUCCUGAUGACGACGUACAAGGGAUCCAGUCUCUCUAUGGCCCGGGAGAUGAGGACCCCAACCCGAAACAUCCCAAAACGCCGGACAAAUGUGACCCGUCCCUGACCCUCGACGCCAUCACCAGUCUCCGAGGAGAGACCAUGAUCUUUAAAGACAGAUUCUUCUGGCGCCUGCACCCCCAGCAGGUGGACGCAGAGCUGUUUUUAACAAAAUCCUUUUGGCCGGAACUUCCCAACCGCAUCGACGCCGCCUACGAGCACGCCUCCCGUGACCUUAUCUUCAUCUUUAGAGGCAGAAAAUUUUGGGCUCUUAAUGGUUAUGACAUUCUGGAAGGUUACCCCAAAAAAAUAUCCGAACUGGGAUUUCCAAAAGAUGUUAAAAAGAUAAGUGCUGCUGUCCACUUUGAGGACAGAGGGAAGACGCUCUUCUUCUCGGGAAACCAGGUCUGGAGCUAUGAUGACAGCAACCACGCCAUGGAUCAAGACUCCCCCAGGCUGAUCGAAGAGGACUUUCCAGGGAUUGGUGAUAAAGUGGACGCCGUCUACGAGAAAAACGGUUACAUCUAUUUUUUCAACGGGCCCAUCCAGUUCGAAUACAGCAUCUGGAGUAACCGUAUUGUUCGCGUCCUGCCAGCAAAUUCCCUGUUGUGGUGUUAAUUGUCGUUUAAAUACUGUUGUUAUUUAAAUCCUGGAGAGCAUUUGAGAUAACACUUCCGGUGAUACUGGGUGUGGGGGACGACGGGGUGUCAGGGGAAAGCUUCGUUCUGUGAACAAGCGUCAGUAACUUAUCUUUGAAUGGGUGGGAUGUGUAUAGCUAGACGUGGCUGGAACCACAGCGAAUCUUAAGGUGAU